AACAGAGAUCUUCACUACAGAACCAUGCCGAUGGAAAGAUUAAGAGAAAAUCAACAGAUGUUUGUUCCAAGAGAAGAAAGUAUGUCUCCAGGUUUCAGAGAACUAAAUAGUGCUGACCAAUUCACUGAGAUGUCAACAUUGUCAUCUCUCACUGAUAGUGGUCAUGGCUGGAGUAUCGGCAGUGCUGGGCACUAUGAGGAACUGCCAGAUUUGUGUCGUUAUCAAAGUGAUCACACAUGGAAUAGAAGAAAUCAACUUCCAUACACAAUCAACAGAUCAAGGGGAAAUAACAAUAAUGGACAUCCUUAUCCAAACGUUGACAAUAAUACUUUUUGCAAUCAUGACCAAACACCCUUGACUGUAACUGGUAACACAUCUGACAUAACUGGACAAUCAUUUUCAGAACCAAUGACAAGUGCCUUUAUUUCAUACUCUAAGCCACCUCUAACAGCCGUACCAAAAGUAGCAACACUACCAAAGGUACCUUCAUUAGCUCAGGUACCUCCAUUAUCUACACCACAAAACUAAUGCUAAAGUACUUAGAAACAGAUGGCUCACAAAUGUAGAACUAAGUACACCGAGUGACUAAAUACUUGGUAGUAUUUUAUGUUUGUUUGAGUACUAAGUUCAAAUUAUAUCCCACCAGAGAUGACCUUACCAAUCAUUUGCCAGGGUCUUCUUCACUUUUUUGCAUGAUUUAAGCUAUCUUAUUAAUAACUAUAUCAAAAAUAACUUUAAUUUAUAUAACAGUUUGUAUAUUACAAUGAAUAUUUUGAAUGAAAGUAUAAAAAAAAAAAUAAUCAUAAUGUAUUUCAAUAAUGCUUGGUCAAGAAAUACUUCAGAGUAUGUCAACUGAAAUUAUAUAACACCAUCAUAACAUUUCUUAAUGUUAUAAACCUUAAAUGAAUGGGUAAUCAAAUUAGAUGUUUUUCUUCAUUUUUGGUGUUUAAUUGAAGUAAAUUCAUUCACACCAAGGAAUAAUGGAAAGAAAAUAUUUGAGGUGAGUGGUAGAAUUAGGAGUGAAAUAUUCUUCCACAGUACCAGUUGAUAUCUACCAGAAUUUGCUUUGGGGAACUUAUAACCAUUAGUGUUAUGAAACUUAUCAGGAUAUAUAUACUUAAGCUCUCUGGAUAUAUAUAUAUAUAUAUAUAUAUAUAUAUAUAUAUAUAUAUAUAUAUAUAGUGAAGCCAUACAAGAAUACACAACACAACUAUCCAUUAUGCUUUCUAGGCAUUUUAUAAAAACUGUUGAAAAUAGGGUAAUUUCAAUCCUUGGCCUAUCAUAAAUAGAUCCAUUUUCAUUUGUUUCCAUGAAAAGCAAUGAUAUUUCCCCAAUGUAAAAUUGUUUUUUAUAUGUUAUAAAAAUAUACAAAAUACAUCAGUGUGUUUCUAAUUUGUCAGCAAUAGUUUACCAUUUUCAAAAAUAUAAAAAAUAUUUAUUAUUGAUUAGUUAAAGGAACUGGGAGUUUCCAAAAGAGGAAGUAAAAAGAUAAUUAACUAUAUGACAUAGAAAUGUAUCAGAAAUUAAUUCUGAUCUUUUAAUGAAUAUUUAUAUAAAGUUCAAAUGUGGAAACUCCACAGACUUAUUUCCAUUUCAAAAGUAUUAGUUCUCUAAUAGAAAUGCUAAUAUGAGUAACCCAUAUUCUAAUGAUUAUUCAAUGCAAUUAUUUGGAACCAUAAUUUAGUAUUUUCAAAUGAGUUCAACAAUUUUAUAAUGAAAUUAACUCCUUGAAAUAUUAUUUAAUAACAUUUUCUAAGAAAUGUAUCAAGAAGAUAAUUUUGUAAAGCCAAAGGGGAAUCUAAGAUUAAAAACUUUUGCAACUUUGACUGAAGUAAGAAAAUAACUUUUAUACAUUGAAAUUAAAAUAUAAUAUAUUUUUAAUAUACUUUAAUUUUAUAUUUCAUUGCUUUAAAUAUUAAUAAUAUUUCCACCCAUUUAGUUGGGUAACUUCUUGUUGCACACAUGUAUAUGCGUGUAUCUGUAUAUAAGUGUGUCUAAGUUAAAUAGUCUGUGAGUCAGCCCAUCAUUUACUGCAAGAACUGGAGACUGUAUUUCCGUUUCCUUGCAUUGGAAUAAUAGACUGUUUGUCAUUGGCUACAACACACAUUACACACUACACAACCAACUUCAUAGAACUACAUAAAACUAGCACAUACCAAGCUACUCAACCUCUACUACUGCAGCUUUGUGCUAUCUGAACACUGGAACAGUAUAAAGAACUGACAACGGUGGUUAGAAAAUGUUUCCAUUGAAAUUGUUGGUUUUGCUGUUGAUGGCUGAAAGCUGCUGGUGUGUGGAUCAUAUCUACCGUGUGAAAGAGAACAAUAAUAUACACAGCUAUAUUGGAGAUAUUGUCACUGAUACACACUUACUGAGUAAUAUGCAGUCACAGGACAAACUGACAUUUAAAAUACUCCAGGG